GCUUAUAUAUAUAUUCCUCCGAAUCUAAAGGAGAUCAGAUCCACCACUGCUCUUGCUCCUCUCCCAAAGCCUCCCAUUCCUUCGCAAUCUAUCCUUAGAUCUCUCUCUGUGUUCGGUAAUGGGUAGGCUUUGUUUGAAGUUACCGGUGAUUCUGGGGGUCUUGGCGACGGCUCUGCUGGUCUCGCCGGCUCUGUCACAGACCUGCACGUCGCAGAAGCUCCGUAACAAAAAUGACUACCCCAACUGCACCGAUCUCCAUCACCUGGGUGCCUUCCUCCACUGGAACUUCAACGCUUCCAACUCGUCGCUGUCCAUGGCCUUCGUUGCCCCUCCGGCCAAGACAGGCGGCUGGGUUGCGUGGGCCAUCAACCCCAACUCGACCAAAAUGAUAGGUUCCCAGGCGAUUUUGGCCUUCAAAUCCAACGGCGGGGCCGUGACCAUCCAGACCUACGACAUCAAGGCCUACAAUAUCAGCUUGUCCGGGUUGAACCUCUCGUACCCUGUGUGGGACCUGAAAGCGGAGGAAUCCAGCGGUAACAUCACGAUCUACGGGAAAUGGAAGCUGCCGGCGAAGACGGAGAUGGUGAACCAGGUUUGGCAAGUGGGUCCGGGCAUUCACCCAAACGGCUAUCCGAUAAUACACGACGUCAGCAGUAAUGCGGAGAACCUCAAGUCUAUGGGGACCCUAAACUUAGUUACGGCAGUGGCUUCUAGUCCUGCUUCUGAACCUGCUGCUUCGGGACCCUCUGGGAAUACUGCUCCUGGUCCUGGAUCUGCUGGGAGUGCUCCAAGCCCUGGAUCUUCCAGCGGAAAAAACGGGGUUUCAAGAAACAGAGACAGAGCCAUUUUGAGCUUAUGCAUGCCUUUAUUUGUGAUUCUCGGUAGUUUGAUUGUCUUCUGAUGAGCUUAGUUUUCUGAGAGAUUUUUGUUGUUGGAUCCAGUCUUGUGAUGAACAUUCGUAUCGGAUUUUAUAUAUUUGGUUCAAUAAUAUUUAUUUCUCCCU